AUGUCUCCUCCUCGGCCACUACCGGAAGUGGUGGCGAAGAACCGAUUCCUAGGGUUCUUGAUAUGGCAAUCCAUAUCCUCCACCGCCAUUUUCUUUUCAUACAAACUCAUCGAACUCUCCAUUCUCCCUUCUUCUUCUUUCUCCGUUCAGUCGCUCGUCCUUUCGAUUCUCUCCUUCACAGCCUUCCAUUUCUCCCAGCUCAUCCUCUCCGCUUCACUCGCCGCCAUAUCCUCUCCGCAGCCCGUUCCCCCAGCUUCCUUCCUCCAGCUCGCCACUUCCCUCCUCCGUCUGCUCUUCGUCUCCGGGAACUCCUCUUCUCCUGACCUUCGCCGCCGCGCCAAGGUUUCUCUCAACAUCGCCGCAUACGUGGCGGCAGCUUGCUUUUCCGGGUUCGUGUCGGCGGUGGCCAUGUGUGGGAGGGUUGUUGGUGGUGGCGAGAUUGAAGCGAUUGCGGUAGUUGGGUUUAGGGGUUCUGUGAUUGGGCUGCUUUAUGCGUUACAUUUUGCCAAGAAUCGGAGAUGGCUUCUUCAUUUCCCCAUUAUUCAGCGUCCUCCUUUCUUCAGCUUCAAAAUGGGGAUUCCUGCAGCUAUUGGCCGUGCUUUUAGGCUUUCGACUACUGGGUACACUCUUGCAUCUGUACUGAUGUUGAUGCUGUCUUUUGGUGAGGCGAGUCUCAGUGCAUUGACAACAACGCAGUUCCUUCUCAACCGGUGUACUCUAUACCUGGGGAUUUUCUGUAUGCUUCUUUGUUGGGAGCUAAGUCAUCUUCUACACCAGGUGCUACAUACAAAGAGGUUCGUAUAUGCCCCACCGAAAGGAUCAGCUGCUGCAGAAACAAAUCCAACUGAAACUCUUAUUUCAGCACUGGAGGAAACUGCCUCUGAUUCUCUACCACGGUAUCUUGCAUAUCUCGAUCUCUGCAUGGUGUGUGAAAACAAUGUCGAUAUGUGGAGGAGAGCUGCAUUUUUUGAAGAAACUGGUGAGACUUACAGGAAAGUCACAGCUGUGAGCUUGAGGCCAUUGGAAGAGCUUGCUUCCAAGUUAAGUGAAGGUUUGGAAGGUUCACCUGAAGACCAGUUAUCAAAACAGUUGCUGUCAGCUUCCGAUCCACAACUACCUUCAAGGAUUUACGAACCACUUAACAACUUUCAGAAAAUUUCAUGGUGUGCAAGGGCCAUUUCUUCCCUGACUGCGCAUUCACACAAGGAAGACCGAUAUGGCGUGGCUCAGCUCUCUGGCAGCACUGCAGCAACCCUCUCAACUCUCUUAUCUUCCCUGCUGGCUGUUGAAGCAUUCAUGGGAAAGAAGACACAUCUGCAAUCUCCACACCAACUGCUUGGUCCAGCUGGCAUUCGAUGGGCUGCUCUGAACACAGGGAAACGAGAUGUUCCUCCGAUGAUUUCCAAAAGGACAGCCGGCCCCUUACACUCGAAUGCAUAUGCCAUUGCUGACGUGCUCAGGACCUCCAUCUACUGCAUUGUGUCCACUUUCUACACGGAGAUGGUGGCUAGCGCCAAAGCAGGGCUGCUUGAGAAGGAUUGGAUCAAAGACGGGAAGCCCCUUCACGGAUCGAGGGAGUUGCUGGUGCAAAAGCUCCAGCUUUUCCUCGAUUAUCGUGCUUAG